CCUGCACGGAGCGCGGGCACUGGGCCUGGAACGUGGGGCCUGGCGGCGGACACGAGCACGGACAGUGGACACUGGACUCGAACCCGGGCGGGCGGCGGGCGACGGGCGCUGGACUCGGACCCGGACCCGGGCGGGGCCUGAGCGCGGACCAUGUCCGGGAAGCACUACAAGGGCCCAGAGGUCAGCUGCUGCAUCAAGUACUUCAUCUUUGGCUUCAACGUCAUCUUCUGGUUUCUGGGAAUCACAUUCCUUGGCAUUGGACUGUGGGCGUGGAGUGAGAAGGGCGUCCUCUCUAACAUCUCCUCCAUCACCGACCUGGGUGGAUUCGACCCUGUGUGGCUGUUCCUUGUGGUUGGCGGAGUGAUGUUCAUCUUGGGGUUUGCGGGCUGCAUUGGGGCCCUGCGAGAAAACACCUUCCUGCUCAAGUUUUUCUCCGUGUUCCUGGGCAUCAUUUUCUUCCUGGAGCUCACGGCAGGGAUCCUGGCCUUUGUCUUCAAAGACUGGAUCAAAGACCAGCUGUACUUCUUCAUAAACAACAACAUCCGGGCCUACAGGGACGACAUUGACUUGCAGAACCUCAUAGACUUCACACAGGAGUAUAGGUCAGCUGCUCUAACGUACAUGUUACAGUGCACAAGGACCCGGCUACAAGUCCCCAGUACCCACCUGCAGGGAGAAAAGAUUCCAAUGCCAGUCGAGAGCGCUGCGGCGUGCCCUUCUCCUGCUGCACUAAAGACCCCGCGGAGGAUGUCAUCAACACGCAGUGCGGCUACGACACACGGCAGAGACCAGAGGUGGACCAGCAGGCCGUCAUCCACACCAAGGGCUGCGUGCCGCAGUUUGAGAAAUGGCUGCGAGACAACCUGACCAUCGUGGCUGGCAUUUUCAUCGGGGUGGCCCUGCUGCAGAUCUUCGGGAUCUGCCUUGCCCAGAACCUGGUCAGUGACAUUGAGGCCGUGAGGGCCAGCUGGUAGUGCGGCCACCCAGCCCUGGACAGAGGCCCCACGCGCCCUCCUCCACACCGCGUGGACCUGCCCACCCAGCCCGCCAUGUGGGGCCCCAAGGAGCUUGGCCAGAAGGCAGCAUGGAGCACCUGGACGUGGUGGAGUCUGUGGACGCUGGGUGCUCACCACGGGCGGCGCAGGGCAAAGCAUUUGGGGACUGUCUUGUCACCUGGACAAUGGCUGGACGAUGGUGGGGGCGGCAGCCUCAGGGAGCCCUCCUCAAGCACUGUGCCCCCCAGCCAGCCCCUCCGGCCACGUCCACGGCAUCCUGCAGGAAGCUUUGGGCUUGUGGACUCAGUGUGGCCUCCUGUGUCCAGGUGUGGACAGCGGGCACAGGCCGUGCGGUCCUGCGGGACGGGGGGCCUUGCCUGCUUUGCCAUCCUUGUGCUGCCCCUCCCCAGGCAGGAGUCUGUCCCCCCCAAUUCUCAGUGUCUUCCCCACUCAGCCUUGGCUUCCUGGGGCCUCCCAGCAUGACCACCGGGCCCCAGGCACGAAUCCUACCACGUCACCGUCCCGUCCCCCCCCAGCCGGGACACGUGUGACCAUCCCCCAGACUGUGACAUGCAUGAUGGCAUUCUUCCCAGACUGUGACACAUGUGUGACCGUUCCCUCAACCGUGACAUGUGACCAUCCCCCAGACUGUGACAUGUGUGACCGUCCCCCCAGACUGUGACACACAUAUUGGCAUCUUUCCAGACCGUGACUUGUGUGAUGGCGCCCUGCCCAGGGGUUGACGGCACAGGCUGUGGUGUGUCCUCUCUGGCUGCACCAGGCAGCAGGGCCCCACACGGUCACCCACCUUGUAGGCUCUGGCCUCCCGUCCCCCCAGGCCUGGCUGACUGUCAGUGGUGGUUGCUGCUUCUCCAGGGCCGGUGGCCAUCUCAGGAUACAGGUGUGUGAGGUCAGAACCCUGCCUGCCGGGCAGACAAAGCUGUGCGGAGUCGCUGAGCAGCCUGGAUUCAGGGGUGCCCAGCCCCCUAUUUGGGGGGGGCAGGUGUGAGUGUUGGGGCCUGGGAGGUACCACCCUGCAUGGUGGUCAGCUCCCUUGGGAAGCCCUUGAGUGCCUCUCAGGGCUGGGCUGUGUGUUUGGGCCUCCUGCCUCUGGGGGUCUGGGGCCUGGACUUCCUUCCCUGCUGGGUGGUCAUGGGUGCCCUCUCUUCCUGGAGCUGCCUGCCCUUUGGGUGUCAUCCCUGGCAGAGGCAUUCCCUCUGGGGACUGUCCUGUGGCCGUCAGCAGGCUCCCUCCCUCCCUCCCUCCCGCCUCUGGGCCAGGCCUGAGCUCUGGACUCUGAGCACCUGCACUUUCCGUGCUGCAGGGUCGGGGGGCUGUCGUGAAUAAAGGUGGUUCUGCCUUGCG